AUGAGCCUUCUCCGGUUCGUGACAGAGAUACAAUUGGCACAUCCCCAACCCCCUGGAACAGGUCUCGUGGCAUAUAUCGCCGUCGGCCUGAUGGACGUAUACGGGCUUGCCGUGCCGCGAGGGGCUGGGAAGGCUUUCACCUCUGCUAUAAUCCGUUGUCUUGAGGCACACAGAGGCGAGAUCCAACUCAACACUGAAGUUACCAAGAUUGUCACUGAAAAAGGAAGAGCUGUGGGGGUGCGCACACGGGCCGGUGAGAUUCGUGCCAAAGAAUGCGUUGUGGCCCAAAUACACCCACAUAUCAUUGGUAGACUCGUGGAUGGGCUGGAUACAGCUAUUACCGAUGCAGCAUCGAAAAACAAGCUGCCAGAGUUCAGUCUGCUUGUAAUCCAUGCAGCUUUGGAGAAGCUACUCAAGUUCAGGGCGGGCGCAAUCGCGAAUAAUGUGGUGAUGAACACUAUUUGUCCCAAUAGAGUUGACGAGCUUCUGCAUAGCUAUCACACCAUGGCCACAGGCGAGAUCCCAGAUGGAGUCAUGGUCGGUGCAUCAUGUGUCAACAUUGCUGAUCCAUUACGAGCUCCACCGGGUAAGGUCAUCCUCCAUGCUGUCAUCAUGGUCCGGGCAAACAAUGCGGAAGUUGGAUUCCAUGGAUGGGAUGCCAUCAAAGACGAUGUUGUAUUCAAGGUCUUUAAUCAUCUCACCCAGUACCACGAGGAUUUUACCCCAGAUCAAAUUCGAGCGUAUCAUGUCGUUACCCCUUCCAACCACGAAGAGGACACGCCUAGUUUUCAACAGGGCGACAUUUACGGUCUCGCCAUGUCGUCGGACCAGAUGGGACUAACUCGCCCAACGCCUGCACUGUCACAAUACCGAGUCCCCGAUGUACAGGGCCUCUACCUUGCAGGUCCGUUCAUGCACCCUGGUGGGGGUGUCUGGGGUGGUGGACGGCCUGUAGCGAUGCGCGUUAUGGAAGACAUGGGAAUUGACUUUGAGUCGCUCUUCAGAGCCAGUGUGCCCACUUCCCACCUUUGA